GAAAGCACCUGCCACGUUCACUGCCACGUUCCGCGUUCCGAGUUCCGCGUUCCAAGGGGGCCGUGACGUAAAACAUGUAAACAUCGGCUAGAUCAGCUGUGUUGUGAGUUGAUUCACACAAGUUAAAAACUGUUCGCUGACGACAACACAAACUAAGCUAGGAUGGCCCUCACAAAACUCAUGCAGUGGGCUUUGGCUUUCGCCGCAUUUACAGGCCUGUGGGCAACAUUAGUUGCAAAUGCAGCACAACCUGAAAAUUACCUCCACAACCACGAACUUCUAGUACUAGCGCUCCCCGUUAUUUUAAUUGGCUUGUUUGGGCUGUAUGCAGUUUUCAUCAUCCUCUACCGAGUAUUCACCUUUAAUGAUUGUGAAGAAGCGGCAGCAGAGUUGAAUAAGCAAAUCAAAGAAGCCAGAAAAGACCUCAAGAGCAAAGGUUUCUCAUUCUCUGAAGACUAGUAGAAUUGUAAUUGCCAUGUUUUAAUUUUGAAAUGAUCUCUGUAAAUGAGUGGCAACAGUGUUGGGCCAGUCUCUAUGUACGUCCUUGCUAGUAGCCCGAUGAAGGUCUUACCUUUCUUAAUCUAAUUUUUAUUAACAACCAAAGAGCUUGAUACCUUCUCCGAAUUUACUAUAAUGUUGAUUGAAUUUUGAGGCAAAACAAUACCAUUCCAUUUUAAAUUAAGUAACUUAGGGACAGGUUUCAGUUGUGCUCUGUUUUCUUUGUGAUAUGGCCAGUGUAAAUAACGAUUCUGUAGCAAUUUUGCAAAUGAUGAAAUACCCUUAAAGAUGUUACAAUAAAUAUUUAUUCUUGUCCUUUUUA